AUGCAGAGUUGUGAAGCUUCUGCUAAAGAGGCUAAACCUGUGAUUUCCAAUGAAAGUCUCGAGUAUGGGAUCAACAUACUGCAAGGAACUCAAAACGAGAGCAAAAGUUCUAAAAAGACACUGAAGGAUGUGGUUACUGAAAAUGAAUUUGAGAAGAGACUGCUAGGUGAAGUUAUUCCUCCUGGUGAUAUUGGUGUUAGCUUUGACGACAUUGGAGCUCUUGAAUCUGUGAAGGAUACCUUGAAAGAGUUGGUGAUGCUACCUCUUCAGAGGCCUGAAUUGUUCUGCAAAGGGCAGCUAACAAAGCCUUGUAAAAGGAAUCUUGCUGUUUGGACCCCCGGGUACUGGUAA